AUGUGCAUACAAUCUAUGCAGAGUAGAAGAAUCCGUCACCUCAUGAUCAAAAUGUGUGGAGUCACGAGGCGCGUAGCGUAGAUAGAGAAAAGUCGGUAGAUGGAGCAAAAUCGGCACUUUUUAUGUUUUAACUAUAGUUGUCCAAAAGCUAGCAGGUUUGCUUUUUCUCUGCAAUUAAAAAUUGUCACACAUGAAAAGUUACUAGUGUAGAUGCCAACAAAUAUAGUUGUCAACUAACAAUUGUUAGUGUAGAUAGGGCUUAGUUCACCCAUGAAGUGCAUGCCCUGGUAAGCACUCAUCUCUGGUUACUGAAGUUCAUGCCAAUCAGCUUGUACUUUUCUUGCGUCCUUAUUGGCCUACUUUACAGAACCGUGAUCACGUGUUGCACUGCAUUAUUCUAUAAUCAAACUUCUCUGAAAUUAUGGGGGAGGGGGUGGGCAACAUAAGCAAAUAGAGCAAUGUGCCGUCAUUGAUUGUUUCGUUUGACACGAACCGUUCCGUUAGGGGUCCUCAAUUCGUUACUAGAGUCUUCAACAAUAUGCAUUUACGCUUGCUUACACUUGUCAGACAAGCAGUCCAAUAUUGCUGAUCUGUGGAAAAGCUAGCUGAAUAAUAUUGGACUGCUUGUCUCUCUGCUUCAUAAUAGUUAGCUCGUUUUGAAGAAACUGUUGUUUAACAUGGCAUCCUCGAUUCUCAAAGACAGAGAGUAUUACAAGAAAAGCUUAGAAGCAUUUCUAAGAAAAAGCGACGAAGGUGUCAAAGAUCGAGAACUCAUAAGCAAGCAUCUUCCAAGUGUUGUGAGAAAGAUGAUUCAUCGAGAUGAAAACAGAGCGGAAUUGAAUAUUUUGAGCGUUGGAUGUGGAGAUGGUUCAAUGGAUCGCUACAUCGUUAACGUAAUCCAAGAUGAGCUACGUAAACACAAGACACAGAAGAGCACCAAGAUAUUCACUUGUGCAAUAGAUCCCAGCGAGGAGUCGGUUAGUGAGUACAAAGCCUUUCUCGACAAAACAGGUGAACAAGUCGCUUCCACUGUUAAACAACAGACAUUUCAAGAGUACAAACAAGAACAAAUGCAGAAUGAGCCACAAGAAAAACAAUUCGACAUUGUGCAUUUUAUCCAUAGCAUCUAUUACGCUGAUCCCAGCGAAGCCCUUAGUUUUUGUUUCGAAAAGCUUUUACAUGAGAAUGGUACCUUGCUUUGUAUUGUUGAGGGGUGUGAUCGUAUUCUUAACGCAGUCAUUGGCAGGUCGGUUCCGGUGAAACAAGUAAGUAAUGACCCUCGAUUUGACUCAUACGCACAAGAAAUCACGCAGAUCGCCAAGAAACGAGGAUUGAAGGUGGAUCUCCACAUGCAAGAAUAUUCCCUUGAUGUUACUGAAGUCUUGGAUGAGAGUUCAGUAGAGGGGAAUUUAGUUCUUGAUUUCAUGACCCAAGUGAAAGGAUUCCGUGCCUUAACGGAGAAUGUUCACGAGAUCUUAAGUCUCAUUGAAGAACUGUCGAGCAUCAAUGAGGAUGGACAACGGUUGCUUAAAAGAAGCGAUGGGAUCAUUUUCCUCUCAAAGAACUGACUAAAUUUUCAAUUUGUUAGAAAAAAACGAAAUUCAUUAGUGCUAUUAACAUAAUUAACGACUAUCAAUAAGCCAUCAAUAGAACAGUCAUCAAUAUUAUUUGACUUUUAUUUGUCCGAUUCAAACAAACAUUUAAAAAAAUCAGGCGUCUCUACAGGCGCGUGUCCAUGCACCUGUUCAUGUGAGAGAUAACUUUAAUUAUAGCAGGCGAUCAAAGCAAUAAGAUAUACGCUGUAAAUAAUCGCGAAACGAUAUUACAAGGCAAAAAGUAACCCAUCUAUAUUUCUGCGAAGGAGAGUGCAUAUUUUGAAAGCGUCUAUGCUUUGAAAUAAUACAGAGAAAAAAUGUUUA